UAUAAACCCGCUUCUCCCUAGCCAUUGUCUUUAACCCAUUUUCCCUUCCCAUCGGUUCAUCUCACUACUGUUCAAGCGAAGUUACUUAAAGAAAGGAAAACCCAUGGCUCCUAGAUCAAAACCCAGCCCGAUUAGCCCGAAUCCCGACCCGAGUUCUAAGGAGAUCCGCUAUCGCGGCGUUAGGAAGCGCCCAUGGGGCCGUUACGCAGCCGAGAUCCGAGAUCCGAGGAAAAAGACUCGAGUCUGGCUCGGCACCUUCGACACCGCCGAGGAAGCAGCGCGUGCUUACGAUGCGAAGGCGCGAGAGUUCCGCGGCGCUAAGGCGAAAACAAAUUUCGCCGACAACAACGCCAACGACUUCACGCGCAGCCCUAGCCAGAGCAGCACCGUGGAGUCUUCUCCGCCGCCACUUGACCUUACUCUGGCCAGCGCGUGUUCUUCCCUUCCUGUGACGGCGCAGCGUCCGGUUUACUUCUUCGAUGCCUUCGCUACUGGCGGUUCGGGUUGCCCCGCAUCCGGCUUCGCUCAAAGCGACUCCGAUUCGUCGUCGUCUGUUGUAGAUUUUGAAGGAGGAGUGCGGCGUAGAGUGUUUGAUCUUGAUCUUAACCAGCUGCCAGCUGAAAUGGAUUGAUUUGCCUCCUUUUUUCAAUAUGUCGUUUUGAGCUUCAAUUCUCAGCGUUUUGGGCUUUCCUUUUUCUUUUUUUUUUUCCUUAAUUUUUGGGUUAAAAUUUAAAACUGACAUGUAAUGUAUGAUGUAUGUAAAAAAAAAAAAUUGUAACUCCUAGAGAUCUAUAUUUUUGGCAACUUGAGAAAAUUUUCUCAAUGUUGUUUCUCCUUUAUUAUAAUUAAAAAAAAAUUAAUAACAGAAAUUAAA